UUUCGUUCCGUUUAAGAAAGGUUUUACAACAGAAUCGACGUAUUGAAUAUGCCACAGGUUUGGCGAAUGCACGUGACGAUAGACAAUCAUCAUGGCGGCGCACAGCAAUAAUGUCCAAGUAGAGAAAGUAGGAAACCCAGCAAAGAAACGAAAUGUGUAAGUAACGUUAGCAAGCUAGUCACCCCCACAAGGUACGCUUAUGGACACUCACGGCAUGUAAAGAUAUCAAAGAGAGAGUUAGGAGAAAGUAGUUUGCCAACCAGAUUGGCUAUGUCGAUUGUGUUUAGAAAUGCCAACGGGUGGCUGUUGGAUGCUUGUUCACUUGUCGACAAGGGUGUCCAACUAUGUAACGUUACUUCGGAGAGGAAAGCAGCCAGUGGGAAGUCGCAUUUUAAAUGUUGUUUUAAACAUGAGUGUUUUCAGAUUUUAAAGUCUCACGUUAGUGUUAAAUCAAGUUGUACUGUGACCACAAACGACAGUACCGUCUCGAAUGCAGCACUACAGAGGAGUGAGAAUAAAACUACAGUGGAUUGUAAACCAUCAAAGAAAAGAAAACGAAAAUGCAAUGAUCUGAACCAAGGAGAAAUUGAUUCAUUGGCCUUCCACCACAAGAUCAGGUCUGCCAUUUUGGAGGGGACCAAAUCCUUAGUGGAUGCUGGGCUCUCCUGUGAGUACCUGAGUGAGGUCAACGAUGCUCAGGAGGGUCCCCUGCCUUCCCACGAAUGCAACCUGGCAGCCUUGUGUGACAUGGCUAAAGAGCUCCCUCUAGUGAGUGAACAUGGAGAGGACCCAGUUCAGUUUAUUGAGUCUGAGGAUGGCUGUAGUACAACACACCUUGACCUGUUCACACGGAUCACAGAGAAUUGUAUGGACUUUGCCAUGGAGGUGAUGCUGAUGGGAGAGAAAUACAUUAUCCCACCACGAUGUGCCUUCCUGCUCUCUGAUUUUGCCAGAAUGCAGCCCCUGGUUGGUUAUGGAAAGUUUUUCGACCUCAUUGUCCUGGAUCCUCCAUGGGAAAACAAGUCUGUAAAAAGGAGUGGCAGGUAUAGCUUUCUGCCCUCCUCCCAGCUCAAACGGCUCCCUGUCCCACUGCUGGCCUCCACAGGCUGUGUGGUGGUCACCUGGGUGACCAACAGGCCCAGCCACCUGCGCUUUGUCAGGGACGAGCUGUACCCACACUGGGGUGUGGAGGUGCUGGCAGAGUGGUUCUGGGUCAAGGUCACCAGGUCAGGGGAAUAUGUGUUUCCACUGGAUUCUCCGCAUAAGAAGCCUUACGAGGUGUUGGUACUUGGUCGAUAUCGUGGGUGCGGACACCACUCACACAGCUCUCUGAGGAAGACAGAGCUCCCUAUGGAGGAGCAACGUGUGAUCGUCAGCGUCCCAUCGGCCCUACACUCCCAUAAACCUUCACUCUCAGAGGUGUUAAGUCCGUACGUGGGUGCCGACGCCCGGUGCCUGGAGCUGUUUGCCAGAAGCCUGCAGCCAGGAUGGACCAGCUGGGGCAACGAGGUGAUCAAGUUUCAGCAUGUCAGUUAUUACACCAUGGAGCCCACAGACGAGCCCACAGAUACGGCUACAGGAUCCUUACAUGGAGAGUCCUCUCCUCACUUCUCUCUACCUCCUCCAACACCGGACUAAUCAUCACAGUUUAAUAGCAUACCGUUGAAGCGUUCCACAUCAAAAUCCCAAUUCGUUUUCAUAGUCAAGGAGCCCCUCAAAUCUCUCUCCCUCUCUCCAUCUCCUUUGAUCUGUUAUUUUCUUUCAUUUGGGACUCUUGAUUUGUGUUUCUGGGUCGUAGUAUGUUGGGGGUGGUGAAUCACAGAGCCCAUGAUGCGAUGGAGGGGAGAUGAAAGUGCAUCGCUCCGGAGCUCAGAUCAAGGUUGAUGUUUUGAGCUGAAGCUAAUAACCUAUAGCUCUAUGUUCGGUUCAGAUACACAACUGUGUGUUACCUCAGAGUGGUGUGUUGUGCAUUGAUGAUGGAGCUAUGCUGGCACAAUGCCUGGUUUAAUAAUUGUCAAAGUGUACGUACAUGUUUUAUGUGCUGAAAUGUGUUGGGUAAUGUGUAUCCAUUUAAAUCCAAGAGUUGAAUAAAGAAACCAAACUUUA